AUGCUUCAUGCUGGUCCCAUGAAUUUCCAGGCCCUCAUCCUGUGUGGCCCUGGAAGUUCACUUAACACAUUCACAUCCAGACCCGAGGAGUAUCCAAAGUGCCUCAUGCAAGUCGCAAACAGACCCAUGGUAUUCUAUACCAUUGACUUUUGCAGACGAUCAGGUGUCACGGAUAUUACAUUGAUCACCCCCCCACUCUCCUACACUCCACUUCGGGCCGCCUUGGACCAAAACCCGUACCUUACAUCAUUCUACUCGCCCUCGGUCUCGGUUAUCGCACCAAAAGACCUUGAGAUAACAAUGGGAACCGCCGAGCUGCUCCGCCUCCCCGAAGUUCAAAGAUGUAUCCGCACUAAUUUUCUGCUUCUUCCUUGCGACCUCAUCUGUGAAAUCCCGGGAGAGUCAAUUCUCGAGGCGUGGAUGGCCACCCAGUGUGUUGUCAGCGAUAGAAACGAUUCUAGAGAGGUUCGCUAUCCAUCCCCUGCAGCCAAAUCCCACGUCGAUCGUCAGCUCGGAGCUCGAUCUGGUGGUCUAGCUGUGUACUACCAGACCGACAACCGAGAGGAAAGCAUCCAAGAAGAAGCAACUGAUUUCGUAGCCAUCGCACCGCUCCAGCAUGAUGAAGCACCCAUCGUGACAGCCCCCAAGGGACCACUAGUCCCACGGUUUAACCUAUCCAAACUCGUCAUGUCAAUGCCGAUGGAUACAAUGAAGGAGAAAAUAAAACAAGAUAACGGCCUGCUCAUUCGGCGUUCUCUCGUCCAGAAUUGUCCACGCGUCAGGAUGCUCACUACCUUCCGCGACGCCCAUGUUUACGUCUUCCCCUACUGGAUCAAAGAUCUACUCCGCUACCAAAGUAGACUGGAAUCCGUUAGCGAGGAUCUGGUAGGCACAUGGGCCAAGUCAGGAUGGCAAAGAGGUCUCGGCGAAAAGCUAGGGCUGACCAUGAACUUCGACAAAGACACCACCGAGCAGGAAUAUUCCAGUCCCAAAAGUAGUCCUACUGGCGCAUUCGUCGACAAACCAAUCGAUCUCCGAGAAAUGAGCACUACCAGAACUCGCUUGUGCGCAAAAGUGCAGCUAGAUGGGGUUUUCCAAUCCGCUGCUACUGAGCUGCCACAAAUCCUAGCAUAUGUCCACCGAGGCUCAGCCCCGUUCAUCCGACGAGUCGAUAACACAGGCGUUCUUCUUUCAACCUCCCUUUUGCUAGCAAAACUGCCAUCCAUUGAGGAAGUGGGCCGCAAGGCAGCGUCACCUCUCGCACAUGCUCAUAAAGUUGCCUACCCCGAGGGCGUGGCUUCGCCCAGCAAUGUUACAAAGAAAGAUUGUCUGCUCGGUGAGAAUGUGAUUGUUGAGUCGGCUGCCGUUAUCAAGGAGAGUGUGAUCGGUGCAAACUGCCAGAUUGGUAUCUCCGCGCGCAUCAUUCGUUGUGUUUUGAUGGAGGGCGUCGUCAUUGAGUCCAGGGCUCAAUUGACCGGGUGCGUGAUUGGUCGGCGAGCUCAGAUUGGUCACGAAUCUGUGCUGAAGGGGUGUGAGGUCCAGGAUGCUAAUGUAAUCCCAAAGGAAACAAAUGCUAGGGAUGAGAAGUUCAUGGUUUCCGAGACUUUGUGUGUCUAA